AUUAUUAUUAUAUGUAUAUUUAACCAAAAAUAAUUAUAUCUAUGGAAAAUUCCACUGAGUUUAUAAACAAUGAAAAUAUUUUAUUAAUCACUUAGUGAAAAACUAUAAAUAAAAUAUAUAUAAUCACAUUAUCGAAUUAAAAUGAUUAAAAAAAAAGUGUGCAUAGAAAUUAAAUUAGUGAAGAUUUAAAUCACUUUUAUUUUACCCGCUAAUUAAAUAUUGUUGUGGCUCUUCAGUUUCUAUAAAUUAUUUAAUUAAAAACUAACUACACCGUUGGUUAAAAAAUAUAUUAUAUAGUUUUAUAAUUAAUUUAUUUGAUUAAAAACAAAAUCUUGCUUAACUUGAUAAAAUCUAAUGACGUUUGACUGCGAGCAAGACGUCAAAUAUUCAAAAAAUAAUCUAUUUUAUACUACUGAGAUUAAAAUGCUAUUGUUUAAUGUAGCAUGUAACCACACCUAGUCAAAUUAUUUUUAUUGUCCUAAGGGUAAAGAAAGUAAUAAAAACAACCAGACGAUAAUUAUACACUUAAAAGAGAUAUUUAUUUAUAUUUAUAAAAAGUUAAGUAUUAGUGCAUAAUUUUAAAAUAAUAAAAACAAUGGCUUCGCGUGAACAAAUAUCAAUCGUACAGUCAAAAUUUACCUCUGGUGAAACAGUGGUAAUUACAAUGGAAGCGUCAUUGAUGCAAGGAUGGGUUAAAGCAUCAAGACUUCUGGCUCUAGUCAACAAAGGUCCUACUCAUGGUUUAGUUAUUUUACUUACGUCCAGAAAUCCACCGCAAGUUUAUAGUGAUCUUACUAUUGAACGUGUGCUUCCAAUCGAUCAGGAAUUCAAAUGUGAUAUUGAUACUGGUAGCCAACAACAGGAUGGAUUGGAUGUUUUUUUAAAUGUAUCAUCAAGAAAACAGAGAUUAAUAUUUGAAUUAAAACCUGGAGUAGGAACCAGUGCAUUGGUUUCUGAAAUAUUUCGCGCUAUUGAAGUUUAUCAAAAAAAUAAAAGUUCGGCAGUUGAUUAUUUGUGGAUACAAAAAUUAACUGGUAGUACACGAAGUUUAAAUACCGGUGCUGGUGAUUUGCGCGAAAUGGCUGAUCCACUAGUAGAACUUGAGAGUCCAGACUUGGUUGUACCGAGAAGAAAUAUUGCCAGUGGGAAAACUCCGGUAGCAGCCAGAGAAUCUGUGGUACGUUAUCAGAUGGCAUGUAAAGAAGAUGAUUACACAUACACCGAAACUUUGAGAAUUUUCAUUGGCACGUGGAAUGUAAAUGGACAGUCACCAAAUGAUGUCGUCUUAGAUGAAUGGCUCAGCAAUGAUCAAGUACCGCCAGAUAUUUAUGCUAUUGGAUUUCAAGAGUUAGAUUUAAGUAAAGAAGCUUUUUUAUUCAAUGACACGCCACGUGAAGAAGAGUGGAGACAAAUUGUUACGAAAUCUCUUCAUCCUAAAGGUGUUUACAAACAAAUAGCAAUAGUACGUCUCGUUGGAAUGAUGCUGAUAAUAUUUGCUCAAGAAGCUCAAGUACCAUUUAUAAAAAGUAUUUCUGUUGAUACUGUCGGUACAGGAAUAAUGGGAAAACUGGGUAAUAAAGGUGGAGUAGCAGUUAGUUGCCUGAUUCACAAUACAUCAGUAUGUUUUGUAAAUGCACAUUUAGCGGCCCAUUGUGAAGAAUUUGAACGUCGGAAUCAAGAUUAUGCUGAUAUAUGCACUAGACUUUCGUUCUCAAAUCAUGUUCCGACAAAAAGUUUUAAAGAUCAUGAUCAAAUAUACUGGUUGGGAGAUUUAAAUUAUCGGAUAACUGAAAUGGAUGUUAUAACAGCCAAACAGUAUAUAACUAUUGGUAAUUACGGACCAGUAUUGGCGUUAGAUCAAUUAGGACAGCAGCGUAAAUUAGGAAAAGUAUUUCAAGGCUUCCAUGAAGCUGUUAUUAAAUUUAAGCCUACUUAUAAGUAUGAUCCUGGUACUGACAAUUGGGACUCGAGCGAAAAAGGUAGAGCGCCCGCAUGGUGUGAUCGCGUGCUUUGGAAAGGUGAUGCCAUCACAUCCAUUGAUUAUCGUAGUCAUCCAGACUUACGUAUAUCAGAUCAUAAACCAGUCAGUGCUAUUUUUGAUGCACAGAUACGUGUUAUUGACAUGACCAAGUAUCGUAAAAUUCACGAGGAAGUUAUGAAAAAAUUAGAUAAAUUAGAAAAUGAAUUUUUGCCACAAGUUAUGGUUGACACUACGGAAAUAAUAUUUGAUGUUUUAAAAUUUCUUGAACCGAGUAGCAAAGAACUUAUUAUUGCCAAUACUGGACAAGUCCCAGUACAGUUUGAAUUUAUUAAAAAAUUAGACGAUACCAAUUAUUGUAAAGAUUGGUUACAUAUAGAGCCUUAUACUGGAUUUAUAAAACCAGGUGAAAAAUGUGAUAUAAAAUUAGAAGUUUACGUUGACAAAAAGUCAGCAUGUAAACUUAAUUCUGGUGAAGAUAAACUUUAUGAUAUUUUAGUUUUACAUCUUGAAGGUGGUAAAGAUAUAUUUAUCACAGUAACAGGUGUUUAUGAAAGAAGUUGUUUUGGUUCUUCAAUGGAAGCUUUGGUACAUAUACCAGUACCUAUUAGAGAAAUUCCAAUUGGCCGUAUAAUGGAAUUGGAAAAUAAUAAAAAUCCCACACCAGAGCCGUAUCCAGUACCGAAAGAAGUCUGGCUACUCGUUGAUAGACUGUAUCGACAUGGUAUUAAAAUAGCCGGAUUAUUUGAAACUCCAGGAUUACACAGUGAAAUAGUUGCUAUAAGAGAUUGGUUGGAUAUGGGAAGUCAAGAUCCUAUGCCUGGCAGUGUUCACUCUGCAGCAGAAUCUUUAUUGUUGCUUUUAGAAUCAACAGCUGAGCCUUUAGUGCCGUACAAUUUACACAGCGUUUGCUUAUCAGCAGCUACAAAUUAUCUCCAAUGCAAACAAUUGGUUAUGCAGUUACCCGAAAUAAGAAGAACUGUAUUUCUUUAUAUUUCGGCAUUUCUACAAGAGCUUUUAAACCAUUCUCAGGACAAUGGACUAGAUGCUAAAACUCUUGCCACAUUAUUCGGGUCAAUAUUUUUACGUGAUCCGCCACGCAGCAGAGAAGAUCGUAGUCAAAGAAAUCGCAUUACACAGGCAACAUUUGAUCGUAAAAAAGCGGCAUUCGUUUAUCAAUUUUUGGUAAAUGAUCAGAGUGAUUUUCUCGGACGAUAAAAUAUUAUCCGGUUAUUUUAUAAGAUAAUUGAAUUUUUAUAUAAAAUAUCACAAUAUUUCUCUUAGUAAUUAAGUAUUCAAUUUAUUAGUGCCACUGUUUAAAAACUAAUCACGUUUUUAAACGAAAAUAAUAAUUAACGCUUACAAUCAUGUGGACUUUUUUUAUUAAAGUAUGUAAUUUAAAAUUUAUACCUCAUAAAUGCAUAAUUAUUAUAUAUUCAAGUAUUCAUUAAUUAACUACUCAUAUUUAUAUAUAGCUUUGCAAUAAUACAUUUGUCAAUAUUAUUAUUAGCAUAACUAAUUAUUUAAAAUUUUAUUUUCUGUUUAGUUUAAAAUAGCAUAUAAAAUUUUAUAAUACUAAAAUAGAAUCUCAUAUAAGUAGUGAAACGUUAAUCAUUUAAGUAAUUGAUUAAUAAUUAGCUAAGCAAUUUAUUGUAAUAAAUUACCAGAUUAUGUUUAAUAUAAAAUCCUUAAGAAUGUCUAUAAAAUUUAUAAUAUUUUUAUAAUUUUAUACGGAAGAAGAGUGUAUUGCAAUUUAAAUAAUCUUGCAAGUACAUUAUUUGUUUAAUUAGUAUUUUUGGCAAUGCCAUUAUCAAUGAGAUUUAACAGUACAAUUACCACGUAUAUAAAUUUCACUUAUUAAUUUUUAUUUUGUGUGUAUUGGAGUGGAGUGUAAAUAUUUUUUUUUUAUUUUUCACUGUUUUAUUAGAAUAAAGUUUUAAGGCAGGUUUUUGCUCAGAAAAUUUUCAAAUUUUCCAGUAACAAGUCACAUUUGUUAAUUAUUUACUCGCUGAAAAUAUUUAUUGUCAGUACAGACAUUUAUAAUAAAAAAAAAUUUUUGAUUCCACUCUCGUGUGUAUAUUAUUUUAAAAAUUUAAUCACUUCAAUGCAACUUUGUAUUACUUUUGUAAUUAUUUAAGUUAAACUUUACCACGUAAAAAAUUUAUUAUAAAAAUAUACAUUGCUUUUAGAAUGUUAGAUGCAAUUUAAUCUGUUAAUUUGAUAGUUGAUUGUGCCAAUUAAAUAUAAAAAUGGCUUAAAAAGUGAAAAAAAAACUGAAUUUUAUUAGCAUAUUGGUAAAUAUAAACAAAUACGAUUAAAUUGCAUGUUACUUGACAUAUAAAAUUGUUAAUACGUCCACUUUGUUAUUUAUUAUUAUAUGUAAACUAAAUGCCUUCGUAUUUAUUUGUGUAUUUAUUAUUAAAUAUUAUUAUAGUACGCAAAUUAAUUUUAGCUAGAAAUUAAUUACAACUUAAUAAUUAAAAUAAAAAAUAAAAUAACUUGAUUAUG